AAUGUCUACUAUUCACAUUGAUCAACAGCCAAGGUCAUUUAGAGAUCAAUGCACAGCAGCCAUUAGUAAUCUACCUGAUCAUUGCAAAUCUUACAUUACCCAACUAUUUCCUAUCGCGCACUGGUUGCCAAGAUACAAUUGGAUUUGGCUGUCUGGAGACCUGGUGUGUGCGAUUACAGUAGGAGCAAUUGUAGUUCCUCAAUCAAUGGCAUAUGCAAAAAUCGCAAAUUUACCUCCACAAUUUGGUCUAUACUCUAGCUUUGUGGGUGUCAUGAUAUAUCCAUUCCUGGGAACCAGUAAAGAUAUCAGUAUUGGCACCACUGCGAUCAUGUCUCUAAUGGUCGGCCAGAUCGUUGCUGACAUAAUGCAAACUCCAGAAUACAUCCAAGGCAUCUGGACCUUGUCUUCCAUAGCCGUCACUCUGGCCUUCUUUUCCGGAAUCAUCACCCUUGGCUUAGGCCUUCUACGCCUCGGAAUCCUGUUCCACUUCAUCUGCCAACCUGCAAUCGCAGGAUUCAUGUCUGGCUCAGGAAUAACAAUCCUUAUCAACCAACUCAACAAACUCCUCGGAAUCCCCGGAAUCAAUACCACAGAAGUACCCUAUCUUGUGUUUGGCAAAACCCUGCAGGCUCUUCCAAGAGCCAAAGUCGAUGCUGCUUUUGGGCUUAUUUCCUUGGCUUGGCUCUAUGGCAUCAAGUAUCUCUCCGCUUGGCUAACCAAAAAAUACCCCCAACACACCUCAAAAAUAUUCUUUUUAAACACCAGUCGUAACAUUGUAGUCAUCGUGUUCUCAACUCUGAUUUCCUAUCUUAUCAACCACUUUGGAAACUACCAAACCAGCCCAUUCAGUAUUCUCGGAACCGUUCCCUCUGGAUUCCAAAAUAUGGGCGUACCAUCCCUUGACCCCUCAUUAGUCUCUUCUCUGAUCUCCUACAUGCCAGGUGUAGUCGUCCUAUUGAUCAUGGAACACUGUGCAAUUGCAACCAGUCUCGGGAAAUCCUCUGAUUACACAAUCAAUGUUAACCAGGAAAUCAUCGCUAUUGGUCUAACAAACGUGUUUGGAUCAUUCUUUUCUGCAUACCCAGCAACAGGUGCAUUUUCUCGAACUGCAGUCAUGUCAAAGUCAGGUUCUCGUACUCCACUCACAAACAUCUUUGUCGGUAUAAUCGUUGUACUGGCAAUCUACGUCUUUACUCCCGCCUUCCAGUUUAUUUCCAGUGCUGCCCUUGCCGCUGUCAUCAUGAGCGCCAUUCCUGAUUUGUUGACUGGUCCCAGAGGCUGGAUCAAAUUGUGGAACAUUCACCCUUCUGAGCUCUUGAUAUUCGCCUCAUCAUAUAUAAUCGCUCUCUGCACCCGAAUCGACAUCAGUGUCUAUGUACCGGUCGGAAUCUCACUCGUCGUCCAACUCUACCGUGUCGCCCGCCCAAAGUACGCCGUGCUCGGAAUCUUAGACCUGCCUAUUUCUGAAAAGCAUCCCGAACAUAUCCAAUUCCACGCGUUUGACCACCCUGUCCUCGGUUCUCUGGUGCGUCCCAUUGGUAAGGGAAUCAUUUGUUUCCAGCCUCAAGAGAACCUGGUAUUCCAAAAUUCGGCCUACGUGUUUGAUAAACUAGCAGAUGAAAUCAAAACAAGUACCAAAUGUGGCCAACCAAUCCCAAAAAGAAAUGGUGAUCAACCCUGGAAUAUGAUUAUGAAAAAAAGCAAUGAUGACACUCUAGAGCAUCAACAAUCACUUCAAGCAAUCAUCCUCGACCUGUCAGGGGUUCAUCAAAUGGAUGCUACCGGACUCGAACAAUUGGUUCAUUCUGCCCUGAUGGCCCAACGCUAUGCAGGUCACACCGUUCGCUGGUUUGUCGUUGUUCAGAACCCAAGUGUUCGCAAGACUUUGUUACUAGCCGGUUUUGGACGUCAGCUUACUUCGCCUUCUCACCGCCCAUUCGUACCCGAUCUUUGCCCUUCUUUCUCAUCAAAGAAAUCUCAUGGACAUGCGUUUGGAACCGAGGGUUGUGUCAAUAGCCUACAAAAAGUAGACAAAGAAGACUCUGCUGAACAGCAGGUCCAGAUAAUUGAAGACAUCAAUUACCACGCAAUUGACCGUGCCGAGCAAGGAUCUCCUACAAACCAACCUGUGAUUAAAAGUGACGCGAGUCUAUCCUCAGACGGAGGUUCCGAAUAUUGUUAUUGUGAUCAAAACGGCGAUACUACUACUACCGUUACUGCUCUUGACUCAGCAGUAGCUCACGUCCUUGAUCGCUACCCAUACUUUUUCUUUUCCCUUCAAGAUGCCACACGUGCAGCCCUAGAGUUUAUUGAAAAUAACCCAAUGCAAGAAAGUAAUGCAUAAGAUCUUUCACACCUAUAUACAUACGUCCACACAUAUAUAACACCCACCCACCCAUCGACCAACCAACCGACCCACAUACUAUAUUAUAUUAUAUUACUUUACUUUACUUUACAUUAUUUUACAUUAUAUAUCCCUUGUCUUUUAAAUCUUCUGUGUAGACUCCUUCAUCUCCUUAAUAUCGUUGUAUUAAAUAAAAAUAAAACAAACCCACAUAAUAAUAAAACC